UGUCAGCCUCCGCGCGGGCAUCCUGAGCCGACCGUAUUCUGGCGAAGAGACAAAACUCAACUGGAUCUCAAGGAUGACAGGAUCAUGGUCCGAGGAGGAAAGCUGACCAUUUCAAAUACUAAGAAGAGCGAUACAGGGAUAUAUGUGUGUGUGGCCUCUAACAUGGUUGGAGAAAGGGAAAGUGAAAAAGCACAACUUUCAGUAUACGAAAGACCAGCAUUUAUGCAGCGCCCUGUGAACCAGGUGGUUCUGGUUGAUGAGAGUGUGGAGUUCAGAUGUCAGGUCCAUGGUGACCCGCCGCCUGCUCUGCGCUGGAAAAAAGAGGAUGUGGAUGUUCCUCGUGGCAGGUAUGACAUCAGAUAUGACAGAGAGGACUCCCUGCUGAGGAUAAAAAAGGCAUCUGUCAGCGAUCAAGGGACGUUUACGUGCGUAGCAGAGAACCGUGUGGGUAAAGCCGAGGCCUCGGCCUACUUGACCAUCAGAGCUCGCCCCGUUGAGGCACCUCAGUUUGUGGUGCGACCUCGGGACCAGAUUGUGGCUCAGGGACGGACGGCUACCUUUCCCUGUGUGACCAGAGGCAAACCUCAGCCAACAGUCUUCUGGCAAAGAGAAGGCAGCAAGGAUCUGCUGUUUCCCAAUCAACCAGCACAGGGGGACGACCGAGUGUCUGUGUCUGUAAAUGGAGAGCUGACCAUAUCAUCUGUGCAGCGCUCAGAUGCAGGCUACUACAUCUGCCAAGCCCUCACAGUGGCAGGCAGCAUCAUGGCCAAGGCCCAACUGGAGGUAGCAGACGCCUCCAAGGGCCGCCCACCACCCAUCAUCCGGCAGGGCCCGUCCAACCAAACGCAAGCUCUGGGAGGCGUGUCCGUCCUCCGGUGCCAGGCCUCAGGAGAUCCAGAGCCGACAGUCACCUGGAGGAAGAACGGGGCGAAUCUGCUUGGACUAGACCCACGAUUUUCCUUACUCGAGCACGGCAGCCUUCAGAUCCAGAACACAAGGCUGUCUGACUCCGGACUCUACACCUGUGUUGCCACCAGCUCCAGUGGAGAAACAUCUUGGAGUGCCUACUUGGAUGUCAAAGACUCCACUGACCUCAUGGAUUUCAUGUCGCACAACACAACCGCCCUCCCUGGGCCGCCCUCCAAGCCAGAGGUCACUGACGUUACCAAGAGCAGUAUCUCAUUGUCAUGGGAACCGGGGCCGGAGGCGGGUUCCCCAGUGUCCUCCUAUGUCAUUGAGGCUUUCGGUCAGUCUGUGAGUAACAGCUGGCAAACAGUGGCCGACCACGUGAAGACCACCGAGUUUACCGUCAAGGACCUACGACCAAACACCGUGUACCUGUUCAUCAUACGAGCUGUGAAUGCUCAAGGACUCGGGGAUCCAAGCCCAAUGUCUGAGCCCGUCCGGACGCAAGACAUUAGCCCCACAGUGCAGGGAGUAGACCAUCGUCGUGUGCAGAAGGAGCUGGGAGACGUUGUGGUCAACAUGCAUAAUCCUGUGGUCCUCAGCUCCACUUCAGUGCAGGUCACGUGGACGGUGGAAAACCCAUCCCAGUUUAUUCAAGGCUAUCGGGUUCUGUACCGACAAACCUCUGGGCUGCCCUCCCCCGGGCCCUGGCAGAUCCAGGACGUGAGGAUUGCCUCGGAGAGGGACGUCACACUCGCUGGUCUGAACAAAGGCAUCGUCUAUGAGAUCAAGGUGCGACCGUACUUCAAUGAGUUCCAGGGGGCGGACAGCGAAUCCAUGACGGCGCGCACCAUGGAAGAAGCUCCCAGUGCCCCUCCACAGCAAGUGGCGGUGUUGACGGUGGGGAGCCAUAACAGCACAUCCAUCAGCGUGUCAUGGGACCCCCCUCCCUCCGACCAGCAGAACGGCAUCAUCCAGGAGUACAAGAUCUGGUGUUUGGCCAACGAUACACGCCUUCACGUCAACAAGUCUGUGGACGCCACCAUCCGUUCAGUCGUCGUCGGGGGUCUUCAGGCUGGAGUGCAGUACCGCGUGGAGGUGGCGGCAGGCACCAGCGCUGGGGUGGGGGUCAGAAGCAAACCCCAGCUCAUCAUUUUGGGUGGAGAACUGAAGGAUGUGAUGACAGGAUCGGAGGGCAACAACAGCAUCUCAGACGUGGUGAAGCAGCCAGCUUUCAUCGCUGGUUUGGGAGGGGCCUGCUGGAUUGUCCUCAUGGGCUUCAGUGCUUGGCUGUACUGGAGGAGAAAAAAGAGGAAAGGACUAAGCAACUAUGCAGUUCAGUCCUUCACCUUUACUCGAGCUGUUACGUUCCAAAGAGACCGAGGCCUAAUCAGAAAUGGAAGCCGUCCGGGGCUUUUGAAAGCAGGCGAUCCGGGCCUUCCCUGGUUGGCUGACUCGUGGCCUUCUACAAGCCUCCCAGCGAACGGAGGCUUAGGGAGUCCAAAGGGUGGCAACAACUUUGGCCGAGGAGAUGUUUUACCGUCUGCAGCUGUGGAGAAAACAGGCACCAUGCUGUCUGAUGGGGCCAUCUACAGCAGUAUUGACUUCAUGGGGAAGGGAGGCUACAGCAGCCCGGCGCGAGGCGUCCAGCCAACCCCUUACGCCACCACUCAGAUUCUUCAGUCCAACAGCUUCCAUGAGCUGGCCGUGGACAGGCCAGAUCCCCGUUGGAAGGCGUCUCUGCAGGCCCAGCAGGAAAUGGCAAACAUGGGCUACUCGUUAACUGACAGGCGACCUGGUGCUGGUGCGAAGGUUGCAAAGAAAAAGAAGAUCAAGGGAGGGACGAAAACCUCAAAAUCAAAUGGGACUUGCUGGGCAAACAUGCCUCUGCCUCCUCCACCCAUGCACCCUCUGCCAGGCACAGAGGUUGACCUUGAUCGGUACCCGCAGGACAACCAUAAAGGAAGCAACAGCUGGGCCCCGCCCAUGUCUAUCCAGACCUACCACCACCAGGAUUUGGACAGCGAGGCGGAGGACGAGAGGGGUCCCACUCCACCGUUAAGAGGAAGAUCCUCCUCGCCAGCUCCCUUCAGCCAGCCCUCAUCUUCCUCUCUCAGUUCUGCCCACCAUGAAGAAAUGCAGUCCAUCUUGCAGGCCCACUUAGAUGAACUCACCAGAGCUUACCAGUACGAAGUGGCCAAGCAGGCAUGGCAUAUGAAGAGCAGCGCUAAUGUGUCCAGCAAGCCGAUGGACUUCAUGUCGAGUACGCUGGGCUCUGAUCUGGGAGCAACACUCCUCUCUGAAGACGACGAGGAAGAAGAGGAGGAGGAGGAUGAAAGAUAUGCUGUGGUGUCAAAGAACUUGUGCAGCUUUGAAUACACUCCUGGCCACAGCGUGGAUAGCCUUGAAGGCACAGGGAAAUCCACCUUCCACAGCCACACUGAUAGCUUUGGCUCCUCAGACCACGGUGCACAUGGCACACAUAGCCUCGGACACAAGGGGGCACCGCUUACUGGCCACAAACCUCAGACAGACGAGGUUGGAACUCUUCCCAGACGAAGAGACACCAACACAGACUCCCACGCGCCGGCCACAAAGUCCCUGCACAGCAUGGGGUCCCACAUGCAAAGCCCGUGGGCAGCUGCAGCACCGCACCCCUCGGAGGAGUGCAUGGUAACCGUGUCGACACUAGAGAGACAGCAUAUGGCUUCCUGGAGUGGCACGACAUCGUCCGGCAGGGCCACCCUGGGUAGGGGUUCCCACAAGAGACCUGGCGCAGAACUCUCCCACGACGGGCAUCCUUCCACCAAUGGCACAGAGAAAAGGGAACACUAGUCAUUGUGAGGCAUCCAUCUCCUGCAGAUGUGGUCUGUCCCCAGACCUCUUGUUUUGUAAGCGUUAUGAGAUUUUCUCCAGGCACGGAUGGUAUUCAGAAGCCGGAGAGGACACUAAAUGGAAGAAGAAGAGCAAAAAGCAUCGAAGGAAACAUAGAGCUGUAAAUGUCAUGUACAGACACAGACACCACUUUCACAGUGUUAUUUUUACCCUCCCUCCACCCAUCUCCCCCUUUUCUCUCUUUGAAAGAGUAAAUAAUAUGUUAUAUGUCCGCUUCUGUUUUCUGUCACAUGGUGAUCACACAGUGGAGAUGUGA